UAAUAAUCAAAUAUUAACCCAAAAGAAAUAUGCAGGAUACAACUAGUUUAUAGAUAGUAUUUUUAGAUAUUUGAUUAUUUAUAAACUAUAUAUAAGUGAUAUUUUAGGUAUAUAAUUUAUGUUUAAGAUAUUCGGAUAUUUAUUCAGUUCUCAGCCUAAUUUUUGGUUUUUAGUUUUAGAAAGUAUAAAAUUCAUCUGGUUAUUUAUGAAAGUUUGGUUUUGGUACCGGUUAUUUUUGUUCACCACGGUUCGAUUCUUUGGUUCGGCUUCUAGAUAAAUUUUGCCUGAUAUAACCAAAUAUCAAGAUGGGCCAAAUGACUAAGGCCUUUUAUGUUAUCUGGUAUGUUGAGCAAAUUUACUGUGGGUGUGUUCACUGAACAGUGAACACUACUGUCUACACUAACUGUGAAAAUAUCUUCCUCUAUCUUCUACCUCACCCCCAUUUCUUCAGCAUUGUCGUCUCCUUUCUGUCACCGAUCCACAAACCUAUCAAGUUUCUUUCAGCCCAGAUUUUCAUAGAUAGCCGAUUGCCAAGCUACAGUGCAGAGAAAGCGCCGACUGAGAAUUCUUAGUUUUCGUUUUCCGCCAACUUUGCGUUCUCCAAUUUAUUUUCAUGUUAAAUCUCAGACUUAGGCAUUAGAAAUGGAUUCGAAUCAAAGGAACUUGGAUAGAUUAUGCAAUCUGCCUGAUUCGUUGCUAUGCAAGAUACUCUCCGACUUCCCCACCAAGGAAUCGGUUCGCACCAGCGUCUUAUCAAAACGAUGGAGAAACCUCUGGUUGAAUGUUCCAUCUCUGGACUUAGAUUCCUCAGGAAUCAGAGGUGAUGAUGCCUUUGUGAGUUUCAUGGAUAGGUUUCUGUGUUCUGAAAAUGAGCAACACUUGGAGACAUUCAAGCUGUGCUAUCGGGUUCGUGAACAUGAUGCAACUCGUUUCAAGUCCUGGAUCGAUGCCGUGACUAGGCGCGGGAUUCUUCAUCUCAGUCUUUGUAAUGAGGUGGAUGAAGAUACGUUAGUUAAGAUGCCUCCAUCUCUCUAUUCAUGUGAGAGAUUGGUCAACUUAGAUCUCCGCUGCGUCUUCUUGGAUCAUCCUGAAUCUGUAUCUUUGCCUUGUGUCAAGAUUAUGCAUCUAUGGAUGGUCAUAUACGACGGUGGUGAUUCGACUCUGGAGAUUUUAAUAUCCAGCUGUCCUGUUCUCGAGGAGUUAACCAUAGUCCGUUGUGAUGAUUCUCUGGAAGCUGUGCGUGUGCGUCCCCAGUCCCUAAAGAGCUUCAAAAUAGAGUGUAUACCUGACGAAUGUGGUGGUCUCCAUGUUGUUGCAAUUGAUGCAAACCACACUGAGAUUUAUUGUGAGAAAUGGUCCUAAUGGAUUAGUCGAGCCAGCUUUGUGUUCUGACGGUAUUGCCUUCAGUGUGUUUUGUUAAAAUUCACCUUUUUGUUUCUUACUUCGUGAUGUAACACAAACAUUUUUUAUUCGCGAUGAAAGUGACCAUUAACGCUUA